CCCGGACAUCUACUGUCCUAUUAAAGUAUAAAAGUCAGGAAUAAGCUGUUUGGGAAAUUAGUUACAAGGCAGCAUCCGUCAGCAUCGCUCAGAUUUUCCGGCCAAAGAUCAGCGUAUCGAAGUCAAAUAUUGCAUAUUCAAUCAUGGCGAGCAUCGAAACAAGUCAAGUUUUACAGCGCCUAAUCAGCCUCAAAAUUGUUGAGACACCAAAGCAACCACAACGCGAUGUCGGAAAACGUGAAUGCUAUUCUGAGGAUGUUAAGAAGUCGCAUGUGCCUGCUACACCCUGUUCUGGAGCUGUCACAUUUUUAACGGAACUCAAAAAGCGACGAAAAAUUAAACUAAAUCGCGUCUACAACUAUGAGACGGACAAACAUUUUAUUAAGGCACGCAAAUCGCUUAAUUUUUAACAUAACUAAUAGUUUUGAUGUAAUCAGUAGCAAUAAUCACCUUUGAUUUUAAAUCAAAUAUAUUUUUCUGA